AUGAGUGUGAUUGACUUCAGUAAUCAUGUUCAGGCCGUUGUGGUUGGUCGCCGGUCUGCCUACAAAUUCUGGGCUCCGACUUUUGACAACAAUCCACAUGCUUGGGAGAACUCAAUUGUCUUGGUCAGCGGGUUUUCCCUCGUGCGAAGUGUUUCAAUCAAGGGCAACACGAUCAACAUCAAUGGUGACUGGGACGAAGAGACAACUAUUGAGAUCUGGGCUCCAAACAAGAUCAGAAAAGUCGCAUUCAACAGGGAAAAUCUUCAUGUCACCAAGUCCAAGUACGGAAGCUUUAUUGGUACUCUGCGAGCUCCUGAAAUCACUGUCGAGAGCCUCACUUCCAGCCCCCCUUCUCUCAGUGACUGGAAAGUGAGUGAAGGUCUCCCUGAAGUCGCCACAGGCUACGAUGAUUCUAGAUGGACUGAUGCCGAUCAUGAGACUACUCCUCACUUUGUUCCCCCUGAUACUUAUUCUGUUCGAUUCCCCGAUGAGUAUUGGUACCAGGCUGGUAACAUUCUCUGGCGUGGUCGUUUCAACGCGACUAAAGGUGAAGAGCCUACGGGCGCCUUCCUCCGUGUCAUUGGCGGCCUUGCCAGUGGCUUUUCUGUCUAUGCAAAUGGCAAGUUCCUCGGCGCCUGGCUCGGCAGCAUGAUCAAUAAGAUAGGCGAACUGGCGGUGAGUUUUCAAGGUGUCAAGCUCAACACCGAAAAGGCCAACGUCUUGUUCGUUAUCCAAGAUACAAUGGGCAAGGAACGACGGGAGGCAGCACUUGACCCCAGAGGUAUCCUGAAUGCCACUCUCACCUCGGCCGAUGGUUCUGCCGCCAACUUCACUUCGUGGAAGGUCACUGGCAAUGCCGAUGCAAAAAAUCUCAUCGACCCUGUGCGUGGCACUUACGAAAUAGGCGGUCUCCAUGCCGAGCGCCUUGGCUGGCAUGUUCCUGGCUAUGAUGAUGAUGAGUAG